AUGGGAUUCACCCUCUGGACCUUGAUCUUCCUCAGCUGGCCAUUGUUUGCCCACUGUGACCUCGGCGGGACUGAAAUAUGUACAACUGGUGAUGACCCGAUAUUCCAACACUACCCAGUAUGCAUCUCACGUGGGAAGAGCAAAACAUCCCUCGAGGGAGAUUAUCAUCACAUCGAGAUUAGCCAUGACUGGACUCACGCGUCUCCAUGCUUCAAGGGUUAUGGGGCGGAAGCCCCGAUUUGUGCCUUCACGGACGAGACUUUCGCCGGCGGCAGAGGCAUCUCAAUCAUCACAACACCCAAACGGGCAAACUACCUCGCCUCGACGCAAGCAUUUACCGCGCCAGACCUAGUCCACGGCAUCAACCCGGCCUCCGACCAGCCAACAACAUCCAAGUACGAGAUGCGCCUCGUUCCCGGCAAAGGCAUGGGCCUUAUCGCAACCUCUCGAAUCCGCCGCGGCGACUUGAUCAUGGCCAACACAGCCUCCCUGAUGAUCGACUACCGAGCCUUUAACGAACUAUCCGUAUCCCAAUACACCACCCUCCAAGAAUUCGCAGUCACCCAUCUACCCCCACGCCACGCCGCUGCCCUCCUCGCCCUCUCCCCCCACACAACUAACACCUCCCACUUCACACGCGCCCAACUCAUCGACGCGAUCGCAGCCACCAACGGCUUUGACAUCGACCCGACUGACAACGACCCCGAUCAACACCACAGCUUCUUCGUCCUAUUCCCCGACAUCGCCCGCAUGAACCACGACUGUCGGCCCAACGCAGACUACCGCUAUGAGCCGCACCGGCUGGCCCAGCAUGUCCGCGCUGUGCGGGAUAUCAACCCCGGAGAGGAGAUCACGCUGACUUACAUCGACCCGCUGGGCCUGCGUGCGGCGCGCACUGGGCGGUUGAAGAAUACUUGGGGUUUUGAAUGUGCGUGCCCGCUGUGCUCGUUGGGGAGCGCCACCACCGGUAACGGCCCUGAGGAUGCAGUUGGCAAGGCCCGGUCUGCUGCUAGUGACCAGCGGAUUGAGCGUAUCAUUGAGCUACGGCAGAAAUUACAGCGGGUAUGGAAACGUGACGACGAUCACGACGACGAUGACAACGGGCUCGAAGAUGACAAUGACACAGGAGGGUCUGACCCGAGCAAAACAACCAGUCCAGCCAUGGCCGAAUUGCUUGUUACACUGUAUGAAACAGAACGGCUGUGGGGCGGGCUACACGAGGCGUAUAUCUUGGCCGCGCUUGAGUACAGUGGCGCCGGGGACGCGUGGACGGCGAUCAAGUAUGCGAGUUUGGGACUGGAGUGGGGGAUUCCGAUGCUGGGGGCGGCGGAUGAGGAUGUGGUGGAUUUGAAAAAGUUGGCGGAGAAUCCAUGGGGGCAUUGGAGUUGGAAGAGGACCGUGGGGAAAGAAGGGAAAAGGAAAUAG